AUGAGUCACAGCCGAGAUUUCGGCAAAAAGAUCGCUUACGAUCCAACAUGGACAGGUCCACUGAACAUAAAACGAAAAGCAGAAAACAUACCCUUUACAGUCGCUUAUUACUUGUUCGUCGGCCUUUGGAUCGGAGUAGCUAUUUACGCUUAUCUGGCCGGCGACGUAUCAAAAUUCGAAGAGAAUGACGAUUUUACGACCGAGUGUGAGCAAUUCGUCGCCUCGGAAUGGUGGAUCGUGCUGACUGUAUUCCUGUUGGGCGCGUUCUGGUCGAUUUUGUUCCUGGCCUUAUUGAGAGUCGCGGCGAAGUUCAUGGUUUACACAGCGAUCGCCUUGAUGUUCACCAUCAUCGGCUUGGCUGUAUUCGGCUCGGCUUGCGCCCUGAUCUUUGAACGGACGCGCGGUACUUUCGCUGGCUUCAUCGUGUGCACAUUAUUGCUGAUUAUCUCUAUAUGGGCGUACAUGACAAAAAGCAAAUUCAUCCCGAUGACCUGCGAAAUCAUUCGAGAGGCGGUCAAAGCUAUAUUCUUCUUUCCGCUGGUUUUCAUUUACACGAUGGCCUACUACGCUCUGGCCACAAUCUUCACAUAUUUCAUAAUGGAAAUUUGGGUCCACCUAGCCUCGAUCGUCAUCAUUGAGGGAUACGUUCCGAUCCAAUUAUAUUUUUGUGACAUAAUCAAUGUUAUCGCUCUAAUCUGGAUCAAUUGCCACAUGUGGGGCAUCUACCGGCUGAGCGUGGCUGGAUCAUACGGAACCUGGUACUGGGCCAUGAACAAGCGCGAGGUGCCGCUCACCACCACGUUGCGCUUCAUCUACAUCGCCGUCAGAUACCACAUUGGCCCGGUGGCGUUCGGCUCGCUCAUCUUGACGGUCUGCUUCAUACUGCGAAUGUUGAUCAGUAUGAUUUGUUCGUCCGCGGGCGCCGACGAUCCCAACGCGAAUCCCGUCACUUGUCUGUUCCGCAGCUGCUUGCUGUGCUGCUAUGCCGCUGUAUCCUGCCUCGAGACGAUAGUUGAGUCCGUCACUGGCUUGUCUUUCGUUUAUAUCGCGCUUCACGGCGGUGGAUUCAUUGAUGCAGCACGAGAGUCGUUCAAUAUGUUCAGAAGAAAUUUUUUGAAAGUCGCCAUCCUCUCGCAGAUCGUAAGAAUUUUGUGCGUUGUUGCCAUGGUUUUGAUCUCAAUCUUGACGGUUCUCGUAUUUUGGGGACUAGUGUCGUCGCAAUCGAUAGCAUUAGAAGAGAGGCAAAUUGUACUGGGUCUUUGUAUACUUGGCAUCCUGGUUCUGGUCGGUUUAAUGCUUGAACCAUUAUCGAUUGCCGUUGAUACCAUCUUCACGUGCGUGCUCGAAGAUUUUGAAAUGAACGGCGGCACCAACAGACCUUACCACAUGUCGGAUAAGUUGAAAAAACUAGUUCUCGAGAAUAGACUGGAGUAA